UACAAACUGAGAGAUGAGGAGGGGAACGCGUCUCUGAGUAAAUCUGCAGCAGCUGCUUGAGGAAACACUGUAAAUAAACUGCAGAGCGAGAGCAGUGCCGGUGGCCCGUGCAUCGGAGACAAAUAAAGUAUUUCUACUUGCAACAUGAGGCCGCUGCUGUUUGGGAUUCUGCCAAUCAAGGAGAACUCUUGUGGCUCUCUAUCUAGUGUAACUGUUGCACUCUGUCUUUUAACCCUCCUCCUGAUGGUUAUCUGGGGUCGAAAGAGUAAGAGAUCCUUCUUCCACUUCCAUCAUGACUCCCAGCUGGACCACACAAAAUACCCCCCACCUCCUGGCCCUAAACCCUGGCCCCUUGUCGGGAAUCUGCUCCAGGUUGGGGAGCAGAUUCAUCUCUCUUUAACUGGGUUGAGGCUUCAGUAUGGAGACAUCUUCAAGCUCCGCCUUGGCUCUUUGACUGUUGUCGUUCUGAGUGGGUACAACACCAUCAGGCAGGCUCUGGUUCGACACGGGGAAGCUUUUGCGGGGCGACCUAACCUUUUCAUCUUCUCUGCUAUAGCCAAUGGGACCAGCAUGACUUUCAAUGAGAACUACGGGCCUGUGUGGCUGCUCCAUAAGAAGCUGUGUAAGAAUGCCCUCAGGUCUUUCUCCCAGGCUGAGCCAAGGGGUUUUGGUGCCACCUGCCUCUUAGAGGAGCACAUAUGUGCAGAGGCUGCAGGGAUGGUGCAGGUGAUUCGAGAAAAAGCUGCUAAAGAGGACAUGGAGGGUAUAGACCCAGCAACGACCUUGGUAACCUCAGUGGCAAAUGUCGUCUGUGCGCUCUGUUUUGGGAAACGGUAUGACUACAGUGAUAAGGAGUUUCUCACUAUUGUUGAUGUCAACAACGAGGUCCUGAAGCUCUUUGCAGCGGGGAACCUGGCUGAUUUCUUCCCCGUGUUUCGCUACUUUCCGAGUCCAUCUCUGAGAAAGAUAGUCCAGUACGUUCGCAGGAUGAACAGGUUCAUGGAGCGGAACAUCGAGGAACACAUUGACACCUUUGAUAAGAACCGUAUCCGGGACAUUACAGAUGCUCUAAUUGCUCUUUGUGAAGAAAGAGAAGAAAGCAAGGAUACUUCGAUGCUCUCUAACGACCAGAUCAUUCACACUGUCAUAGACAUCUUUGGAGCAGGAUUCGACACCAUCAUCGCUGGUUUGCAGUGGAGCCUGUUGUACCUCAUCAAGUUUCCUGACAUCCAGGAUAAAAUACAGCAGGAAAUAGAUGAGCAUAUCGGCAAACCCCAGCUGCCCAGGUUUUCCAACAAGGCCAAGAUGCCUUUCACAGAGGCGUUCAUAUAUGAAGUGUUUCGUCAUGCUUCAUAUGUCCCUUUUACCAUACCACACUGUACCACGAGAGACAUCACAUUUAAUGGGUAUUUCAUUCCCAAAGACACGUGUGUCUUCAUUAAUCAGUAUCAAGUCAACCAUGACAUUGAUCUUUGGGGCGAUCCUGAGAAAUUUCGUCCCCAGCGUUUCUUGAAUCCAUGUGGACUCCUGAACAAAGAGCUGACAGAGAAGGUCCAGAUCUUCGGCAUGGGAAAAAGGCGCUGUCUUGGCGAUGAAUUUGCACGUUUGGAGAUGUUUGUGUUUCUCACCACGCUUCUUCAUGGGCUGCGUAUUGAAAAUGUUCCAGGGCAGGAGCUGGAUCUCAGCACUGAUUUUGGUCUAACUAUGAAACCACGUCCAUACAGGAUUACAAUUUCCCAGAGAUUUUAGACCCUCUGAAAACGCAAAUGAUGAUCUUGCGGAAGUUUUGAAAAUGUCACAGCGGAAAUUAAUUGUAGUUAUUACUAUUUUGUGCUCAGUUUGGCAAAUGUGGUCAAAGCACAGACACAAAGAUAAAUAUACACAGUGAACAUAAGGUCAUUUUACAGCAUUCAGUCCAUCUGCCUGCUACAUUCAGAUCUUAAUUUACUGGUCACAGAUGUGUCACUGAUCAGUCUUUCAGGCCUCAAACUACAUUCAUGCAGGGUUCAUCCCCAUUUGAAUCAGCCUUUUAUCCCUCUUCUUCUUCACACCUCUGUCAUGUCCUUGUCUGUUCUUUGUCCUCCAUUCCUUUCCUCUUCUUCCUCCUCUUAAUAUAGCUUUAGCUCACACCCUGUUAAGCUAACUCAUCUACUCUCAGUACUCCUCCAGUACUGAUUCACAAAUUAACUACACGUCCUUCUCUUUACCAUCACUGCAACCUGCCACACAGCCAGAUUAGAAACAGUACCCCAAAUAUAUGAGAAGCAAAGAGUAUGAAAUUGAGCAGUGCUAAUUUCAUGAGCUAAAUGUGAUGUAGCAUGGCAGCAGGGUAAGUCACAACUUUUAGCUGUUGGUAAACUUUUGUUUGUGAACAUUUGAUGAGUGCCUUCCUUUGGAAACUAUGAAAUACAGACUUCAGCUGUUAGCUCUUACUGAACUGUUUCACCUGAAUAUUACAAGAUGAAUCACUUAAUCUUACGCUAAAUAUCCGACCUAUAUACGCAAUGUUGAGGUAAAUUAAUAUUACAUAAAAAAUGUGUGCUAUAAAAACUCCAAACAUAUUAACAAAUAUUGACAUUAUCUCAAAGCACUAAUACCACUGAGUUUAAUGCCAUUAUUGUUUAUAAUGUAUGCAUAAAAUGUUAACUUUCGUACUAUUUUUGAAAGAAAAAGUAGAGCUGAUGUUGGGAAUUGUUUUUUGUUUUUUAAAAAAAGCAUAUACAGCCUAGAGUUUGUGGUGAUUAAAGCUGAUAAUUAUAAAAAGAGUAAAACUGAGUCACAUAAAACAGCUGCAGACAGUGGCUUUGUAUAAAACAUGCAAUUUGAAAAUAAAUAAAUGCUCAAU